AUGCCCUGGGCCUGUGGGGCGCGCCAGCCGCCAAGGAGGGGUUGCGCCCGCGCCGAGGUCUGCGGCAGCAUCGCCCUCUCCGGCCACCUCGGCGGGGGCCCGCCGGGGGAGGCGCCCUCGCGGGCGCUGCGCGCCGCGCUGCGCGCCGCGGUGCGCCGCGCGCUGGCGGAGGCGCUCGCGCCCGCCGCCUCGGGGCUGCAGGUGUCGGUCUUCCCGCCCGAGGUGGACGUGGGCCUGGCGGGCAGCAACGGACGACUCGCCACACUCAAUUUCAUGUUCGAGAUCGCUUUUCCCGACCCGCACGAUCUUGGACCCGUACGUGAAGUCUUGAAUUUGGAGGUGGCCUACGGCGGCGCCGUGCGCGUGCUGCCCGCGCUGGCCCGCGAGGCGCCGCUCGGCUUCAGCCAGCUGUCCUUGCACCUUCAGGUGCUGGACAGAUGA